UUAACAAUCUCGAGGCUUGCGGACAGAACUACGAAAAUAUUCGGCACACGCGCAGUUCGUUCCCGUUCUUGUUGGGGUAAUCCGCGGAUAAUAUCAUCGAACAGAAUGUCUACGAAACUAUCAUUGGACCAGUUGAAUGCCUUGAACGCCACAGAGUUCAGUGCACUCUUCAACAACGUGGUCGAACUGUGGCCUGAGGCAGCCAUAUUCUGCAGUCACAUGCUACCGUUCGCCAGUGUCAAUAGACUAGUUCACACGUUUCACCUGUACCUCGGUGACUUGGACCAGGAGUCCAAGAUCAGUGUAAUGCAAGGCCAUCCCGAUUUGGCAGGCCGGUUGCUUGCUUCGCAUCACCUAACGCAAGAAUCCACCUUCGAACAAUCUUGUGCCGGACUGGACCAACUGUCGAUCGAAAAUGGGAUUCAGUUGAACGAUUUCAACAAUAGAUAUAAGACGAAAUUUAACUUUCCAUUCGUGAUCUGCGUUCGGCAAGCGAGGAAAAUUGAUGUUAUCCUGAGUGCGGUGAUGGCGCGGAUACACAACAGUUUAGAGGACGAACUGGAAAUUGGCAUCGAAGAAGUGAAGAAGAUCUGCGAACUGCGCAUUCUUGAGCUGGUCGAUGGACAAAGCGAUCUAAUUUAGGAAGGGAUUGCAAAGUGAAUCAUUCCAGUGUAGUACUGAUAUAAGGACUUGCCUAAGAGAGGUGUAACUGUGACUGUAACUGUGUAUCUAUAAAGCAUAUUGUUUUGUGUAUAAUUUUAAUGAUUAGGAAUCAGCUUUUUGACUUUAACUGUUCUUUAUUUCUUGUAUUUGUGUAUUAUCUUUAUUUCAUGUAUUACUUAUCAAGUGACACAGAUGCGUCUUUUCAACUUUAGUUCUUUUGAAUUUCAAUUAUUAUUAGUUACAGUUCCUAGUCCUGUCAGGCCUGUUUUAGAGAAUGACCACCUUGGUGGG